AUGCAAGGAGAUGCACGCUUUACCACCGGUCAACAAGCAUUAGAAGAUGCACGUGUGUUGCUGGUGAAUUCCGACGGCCCAUUAGGUUCAAGCAGCACUGGCGUGACGGGCGUCGCAGGCGUAGAGGCUCUCAAGAACCUCGUGCUCCCAGGCAUCGGUGGCUUUACCAUUGUCGAUCCAGCAAUUGUCACUGAAGCUGAUCUGGGUGUUAACUUUUUUCUUGAAGAGGCAUCUCUGGGGAAAUCGCGAGCUGACGAGACUUGUCGCCUACUACGGGAGUUGAAUCCUGAUGUGCAAGGCUACUCAUAUUCCAAGUCAAUUACCGAGUUACUUGGCGACGCAGAAUUUCUUCCGCGUCAUAAGCUGGUCAUUAUUUCCGGGCCAACUAAGCGCUCCACUCUCGAGACCCUUUGCGAGAAAGCACAGAAGCUUGAAAUCCCUGUGCUAUAUAUUCACUCCGUUGGUUUCUAUGUCACCUUUUCUCUCCAGCUUCCAUCUGAAUUCCCCAUUGUGGAAACUCAUCCUGAUCCGGAAUCAACACAAGACCUACGUCUCUUGCAUCCAUGGCCCGAACUUGCCGGCGCCGUUGCUUCGCUGGGUAACCUGGAAAUCAUGGAUGACCAUCAGCACGGCCAUGUACCCUACCUUUUUCUCCUGCUUCAAUUCCUCGAGCAAUGGAAACAGUCGCACGAAGGAAAUGUGCCAAGCAACUACAAAGAGAAGACCGAGUUCCGCGAGUUCGUGCGCUCCAAUGCACGCACAGAAAAUGCUGAAGGAGGCGAAGAGAACUUUGAUGAAGCCGUUGCUGCCGUGGUGAAGACUAUAUCCCCAUUCAGCCUCCGCAGCUCGAUCCGCGAGAUCUUCGAAAUGCCACAAUGCAAUCAAUUGACAACCGGAUCGGCCGAUUUCUGGAUCAUCGCAUCCGCCAUUCGCACUUUCUAUAACACACAUAACGUUCUUCCUCUCCCGGGCUCUUUGCCUGAUAUGAAGGCCAAGUCGGCAGACUACGUCGCCUUGCAGAAUAUCUAUAAGAAGAAAGCGCGCCAAGACGUGGAAGAAGUCACAGCAACGAUCCGUCAAUUAGAAUACAAUCUCGGACGCACAAGUCCAAUCCUGGACCGUGAAGUUGAGGUUUUCUGCAAAAAUGCUGCUCACAUCAAGGUUGUGCGCGGGCGCGCAAUUCCCCAGAUCAGCAACAAUAGCGAUGCAGCUUUACUCAAAGCCGUACGGAGUGGACUUCAAAUCCCUGAAUCCUUGGCGUCGUUAUUCAUCGCAUGUCAGAUUCUUGAUUCUGUCGUUGAUGAGAUCCAAAGCAAUCCCGCGCUGCAUAAUGGAAGUUCUGUCGACGAUGAUGGACUGUGGAUCGCGCAUAGAGACCGGAUUUUGACAACUUUGACACUCGGUAAUCCUGCCGCUGUUGAAAAAUCUGCGCUGGAAGGUAUCGACAAUGCUAUCCAGGAAGUGCGUCGGGCUGAGGGUGGGGAGUUACAUAAUAUCGCAUCUUUAGCUGGGGGGCUGGUUGCACAGGAAUCACUCAAGGUAUUGACUAGGCAGUACGUGCCUCUAGACAAUACGUGUGUAUUUGACGGAGCACGGAGUCGAAGUGAGAUGUAUCGAUUCUAG